AUGGCGGAACCCCAGCCAUCACCGGACGUGCCGAUGAACGGCGCCACCACCACCUCCGUUGCAGGAGGCGUUGAACCCAUACCCUCAGGCCCCACCUCUAAGCGCCAGCGCCGCCCCAGCGUCCGCCUCGGCGACAUCGGAGACCCGAUCCCCCACGAGGCCCAUCCCCGCCGACUCAAGCAAUGGAAGGUCUUAUCCGAUUCUCACACUUCCAAACCCCCUUCCCGUACCCGUCAUGUCACCACCGUCUCCCCUUCCGAUGAACCCGUCCCCGAGAACAACCACCACCAUGAAACCCUAAACCUUGUUAUAAAGAAAGGCCUCCGCGAUGGGAAGUCUCGGCGAGGGCCCCCCGCCCAUCGCCGCCCACGAACGAACUGGAUUUCCAAGCCGGAUGAUCCUGAGGAGGCGGCCGAUUUGAAAUCGAGCGGCGGAGAGGAAACCGGCGAUGAGCCCUUUCGGGAAGGCUCUGAGAACAGGGAUGGGGAUGCGCCAUCGGAGACAGACGGAGGGUAUUGGAAUGAGGACCGGAAUGGGAUGUGCCGAUUGAGUGACGACAGUGGAGUCCGGUCGUGGCUUGAUCGGCUGGGGCUGGCCCGGUAUGCGCCAGCGUUCGAGAUCCAUGAGGUUGACGAAGAGGUGCUGCCUUUCCUGACACUCGAAGACUUGAAGGACAUGGGGAUUAAUGCCGUGGGAUCGAGGAGGAAGAUGUACUCUGCCAUCCAGAAGCUACGGAAGAGCUUCACAUGA